UUCCCUACCGAAGAGCGUCGCGCAGUUUCCCAGUGCGUCUCCUCAGUGAAAGUCCGGCACCGGGUCCAGGGACGCCGGACCGCAGGGGAUUUAAAUCAAAAAGCAGCAGCAGCAGAAGGAGGAGAAGGAAGGAGGAGGAGUAGUGGGCUGUGAAGCAACAAAACCUAGAGAAGUCCAGGGAAGAGGGGUCUCCCCAAAACCUGAGCCAUGAGUCGCAGCAUCGUGCGGCAGAGUAAGUUUCGCCACGUCUUCGGCCAGGCGGUCAAGGCCGAGCAGGGUUACGAUGACAUUCGUGUUUCCAAGGUGACGUGGGACAGCUCCUUCUGCGCCGUCAACCCAAAGUUCCUGGCGGUCAUCAUCGAAUCCAGCGGAGGAGGAGCCUUCCUGGUCCUGCCUCUAUCUAAGUCGGGCCGUGUGGAUAAAAACUAUCCUCUGGUGAUCGGACACUCUGGACCCGUCCUCGACAUCGACUGGUGCCCUCAUGACGACAACAUCCUGGCCAGCUGCUCAGAGGACUGCACUGCAAUGGUGUGGCAGAUCCCAGAUCAUGCACUGACCCGUCCCCUGUCCGACCCGGUUGUGGUCCUGGAGGGUCACUCCAAGCGUGUCGGCAUCGUCACCUGGCAUCCCACCGCACGCAACAUACUCCUCACUGCGGGCAGUGACAACCUGAUAAUAAUCUGGAACGUGGGGACGGGAGAACCCCUCCUCUCCAUGGAUGACCACCCAGACCUCAUCUACAGCAUCAGCUGGAACCGAAACGGCAGCUUGUUCUGCACCACCUGUAAGGACCGACGUCUGCGUGUCUGCGACCCCCGCAAGAGGGAGGUGGUGGCGGAACGCUUGGCUCCACAUGAAGGAAUCCGGCCAAUGAGAGCCAUCUUCACCAGAGACGGAAACAUCUUCACCACAGGAUUCACCAGGAUGAGUCAGCGAGAGCUCGGCCUCUGGGACCCGACAAAUUUUGAGGAGCCUAUUGCACUUUUGGAGUUGGACACAAGUAAUGGAGUGUUGUUACCGUAUUACGACGCAGACACAAACUUGGUCUACCUCUGUGGAAAGGGGGACAGCAGUAUCCGUUACUUUGAGAUCACAGAGGAGCCGCCGUAUGUUCACUACCUCAGCACCUUCAGCAGUAAGGAGCCCCAGAGAGGGAUGGGCUUCAUGCCCAAGAGAGGUGUGGACGUCAGCAAAUGUGAGAUCGCUCGGUUAUACAAGCUGCUUGACAAGAAGUGUGAGCCCAUCACAAUGACGGUGCCCAGAAAAUCGGACCUCUUCCAGGACGACCUCUACCCAGACACAGCAGGGCCUGAACCUGCCAUGGAGGCUGAAGAGUGGCUGGACGGUCGCGACGAAGAUCCCAUCCUGGUGUCCAUGAGGGACGGCUACGUGCCGCCGAAGAGCCGAGAACUCAAAGUGGCGAAGAAGAACGUGCUGGACUCCAGACCCACCACCAGACGCAGCAUGUCCACUUUGGAAACCAACAGCCUUCCGCUCCCGUCUUUGUUUGGUUUAUUUUCUCCUAGUUGCACACUUUCCUUGACCUAUUUUCCCCCUUUUCUCUUUGUACUUGAUUUCCCCUCCCUGUCUAUCUUUUUUCCUUUCUCCUCCUGUUUCCCUUUUCCCCUUUUCUCCACUUUCUUCUCAUUCAGCCUCAGCUGCUUGAGAGGUUGUUGGAGGAGAUUCAGAAUCUGAAGGCCACAGUUUUGUCUCAGGAGAAGAGAAUCUGCGACUUGGAGAAUAAGCUUUCCCAAUACACCAACGGCACUGCCUGAUGUGUGAGCACAUCUUCUGAAGAACUGGUCUGAAUUUCAGAAUUACUAUUAAUUACAGAAACUAAUUUCCCUUGCAUUGACAAGGAACCACUCUUUUAAAUGCUCUAACAGUGUUGCCACUUUAACACUGUUUUGUAAGAACGUGAAUUGAGAGCUCAACAAAUUUGACCAAAUUCCACUCACAACCAUGCUUUUGUGGUUGAUUCGACAAAAGCCUAGUACCUUUAAUGCUACGGCAAUAUAUUGUAGCAUCUUUACAGUAGUUUGAAAAGAGUGAGAGGAGUGUGAGAGUGAAGUGAAGGAGCUGUAAGUUUGAGGGAUGUGUGCAAGUUUGGUUAAAGGUCUGAAGAAAGUCAACACUGUUAUCACUGUUUGGAAUGGAGAAAAGGACAAUUAUAGAAAAAGGAACAAAAAUCAAGAGCCAGAUAAAAGACUUUCUGUCCAGAACGCAACUUUUUUUUUGGUUUUGUUAAAUUAAAUCUACAACUUCCCCAAACUGCAAACUUCCACAAUCUCUGAACACACACAUAGAACCAUUGAAGAUACUCACCAAGCAGGCACACAUUUCAACACUAGCCUCGUCCUCUGCACCACACGACUGGUUUAUUUCAAUAAAUCUCUCUGAAAACCUUUCAAAGUGUAAAUAGUGACAAUGGAAACAGGAGAAAAAAAAAAAAAAAAAAAGUUGAACUUGUAGGAAAAUGUGAAAAAGCAAAACGUUCUGUGUUCUGUAAAAGAUUCGACACAUUAUGACAACAAUAAAACAGUGUUUUUUAAA